UGACUGUUUUGAGAAAGGGGGGGACUGAUUUUCAACUCUUAUCUUGUUCCUAGCUGGUUUACUGGGAGAUUGAGGAAAAUAACACUGACAAUGUGCUGAUUAUGUCUUCUUCGCUGAACAUCUGAAUCAACGCUCUUUGCAUGUCAAGUGGCAGGUCAAAAGAAAUAAUUUUGGAUUUAAAUAGCAACAGAAAGCAGAUAUCGUUUUCAUUUGAGUGAAUUCCCUUGUUAGCUUGCUAGCUAGCUGCUCAAAGAUUAUUCUGCUGUUAGCAUUAGAUUUGCGGCUUAACCAGUCUGCCAGGUCGGAGAUCUUUAUUGAGACGAUUUUUUUUUUUUUAUUGUUUAAUCAAUAUACCAAGAAUUGUAAUUUAUGUUUGCUACCUGAAGUAGAUACUAAAUAAGCCUUUGUUUAACUUGCGCAUUAGAAGGGCUGGCUAGUCAUUGUACUCAUCGAGAACAAACAAAGAACCUUUUUUUGUUUUGCCAUAUCAGCUGGCUAGUAGUGAUCAAGUAAACAACGUUUUUGGUUGAAAACCCUUGCCCAUAACUAUGGCGCAACACGGCCCAACUCACGUUGCCAGCUCACAAAAGGCACUUAUGCUGGAGAUGAAGAGCCUCCAAGAAGAACCAGUUGAGGGAUUCAAAAUAACAUUGGUGGACGAAGCAGAUCUCUACAACUGGGAAGUUGCCAUUUUCGGACCCCCUAACACGCACUACGAAGGAGGAUAUUUCAAGGCUCGGAUCAAGUUCCCAAUAGACUACCCUUAUUCACCCCCUUCCUUCCGGUUCCUCACUAAGAUGUGGCACCCUAAUAUAUAUGAGAAUGGGGACGUGUGUAUAUCCAUCCUCCACCCUCCUGUGGAUGACCCACAGAGUGGGGAGCUUCCAUCAGAGAGAUGGAACCCUACCCAGAACGUCAGGACCAUCCUGCUGAGUGUAAUCUCUCUGCUGAAUGAACCCAACACCUUCUCUCCUGCCAACGUGGACGCCUCUGUCAUGUACCGCAAGUGGAGGGACAGCAAGGGCAAGGACCGAGAAUAUGCCGAAAUAAUCAGGAAGCAGGUGUUGGCCACCAAAGCGGAGGCGGAGCGCGAUGGGGUAAAGGUCCCGACCACACUGGCAGAAUACUGCGUCCGUACUCGUGCCCCGCCCCCCGACGAGGGCUCUGACCUUUUCUAUGACGAUUACUAUGACGAUGAAGAGUUGGAGGAUGAGGAUGCAGACGACUGCUGCUAUGACGAGGACGACUCUGGGAACGAGGAGUCGUGACGUGUCAGAACUUUGCACACCGACCCUGCUGAAGCAUGUGACUGACCCUCUCCCUAUGAGAGCCUCGUCUGACUGGACUACAAAAAAAGUUUUUAAACCACUCACUUUUUUAUCCGCAGAAGGAUCAUGUGUGUGUUUUUCAUCAGCCCACGGGUUCUUGUCAGAAUCCAAGCACACUUUAGGUAGGGUAUAAUAUGAUAGACUUGCACCAGCAUACAGUUGGCACCUGUUCCUUUUCCCCUUUCAGUAGUGGUAGCCCUGCUCUUUUUAUCAUUUGUUUUACCUUCUGUGUUCAACAUUGUAGGUUUUAAUCCCUAGUAAAUAAUGGUGCAACUUGCACUGGUGCACAGGCUUGGCAAAUAAGCUCUUUUUAAUUUCCUUCUUUCCUUCAAAUGUGCUUGUUAACCGGGUUUUAUUCACCCGGAGUAGGCACCAAUGACUGAGGACUUUACUGGUUGUUGUGUGAGCUUCAAGCUAUGCUUGCAUUUCCCAGAAGGAGGUUCUCUCAUGUCUUUCUGUUCUGACAUUUUGGGCAAAUGAGUAGACACAUGACAAGACGAAACAUCUGUGCAUGUCAGACUUCUUUUAAAGAUCUUCCUUGUACAGACAGCGUCUUUCUCAUGCUCAUCCUGGCUCAAGUGAAUGAAAUGUGAUUGUGAUCAUGGCAAUACCAGUGACAUGUGAGUCUGGAGGACACUUGGUUGAAUUUGAACAGUGGGUCAUGUCCUAGGCAACUGCAACAUGUUGACAACUGUUUGUUGGGCUGCUCUGGCCAUUACUGUUUGAUGUGUUUGAUUUCUGUCACUUAAGGAGAGAGCAGGUGUGUGUGCGUGAUUUCAGAACAUUCAACAUAAAGUUACCCAAGACAGACGCUCAUCAGAGAUUGCUCUAAAACAUGAUGGAAACCAAGAUCUGAAUCAGUCUUAAUGGGAUAGUUCAUCCUAUUUUUAUAAUUUGAAGUAUAAAUAGGAUAAACUACACAACGGAAACAAGUCCACAACAAUAUCCAACAAUGGUGAAACUGUUUGCUGUAUUAGUUGUCUUCACACUUAGCUAUCUUGCAAGCUUUGCUGUUUCGCUAUCUUACUUUUUAUUUCAAGCUUUGCCUAUAAUCUUUGUUGGAGAAUGAUAUCAAUCUUCUCUGUGACGGGGUCGGUGGGUUUGGAUUAGGUAGUGGGGUUUUGUAGUAAGCUUGUGUAUCUGUGUUGUACCAUGUUGUGGUAGUGUCACUCAGAAAGCCCCUGGAUGCUAAAAAGAAGAAUGCCACUCUUAUUUUCAUUGAUUGUAUUUAUUUUUGUGUGUUGGUGGAGGGUGGUAUCACCUAUCUCCAGGUAGGCGGGCAUCAAUGUGAGUGUAUGUGUGCGCGCAUGUGUGUAUUUUGUAUCAGCAAUAUUGGAUUUAUUACGAUUUGACUUAAUAUAACUGUAAUUCUCAGGAUACUUAAGCAUAACAAAUCAUAGAUAAUUAAGCAAGUAACUACGUUUCUUUCCAGGUUGUAUAGUAAGUUGUCAACUGUUUUAACAUGCACUUUCACUGAUAUGCACACGUGGCCGGAUGGACGAUCACUGUAUUCAAUAAUUUAGCUGUAUGCAUUUUAUGUUGUUUUUUUGCCUAUAUACAUUUUAAAAUAAAGAACAGUAUAGGACAUUU